UUGUCACCGCGCACUACAGCCGCGUCUGUCCGGUGACCAACACGCGCGUCGCGGUCCGCACGCUCUGACCAGCAGAGUCAACACGGAUCGAAGCGAAUCUUCGCGUUCCUAAUUUGAAUAAUUUUCAAAAUUGGAAUUAAGUGUUUGUAAAAAAAUAAAAAAUAUUUAAAAUAUUUUUUGAAAAUCGAAUAAAAAUAAUUUAGUUUAAAAAAGUUUGUAAUACAUAAUUAAAAAUAAAAAUUCGUCAAUUUGCAUAUUUAAUUGUGCGGAGCCUGAAAGUUUCAAGUGUAUUUGUGGCGACGUAAUCGAGAUGACCCCAGUUGGACUGUUAUUUAAAGUGAACAGCGAAGGCCUCUUCACUUGUCCAGUGAAUGCUUCGCCUGUCGACUACGCUAAGAUAUAUCCGGACCCUGAGUCUGAGAAGGCGAUAAUGGGCUCCGUGGUGUACUGCAUCCAUCACAAGGAAGGAUGCCAGUGGUCGGACGAACUCCGCAAGUUGAAGGCGCAUCUGAAUACGUGCAAGCACGAUGCGGUGCUGUGCGCAGCGCAGUGCGGCGCGAUGAUCCCGCGCGUGCUGAUGCAGGACCACCUGCGCUACACGUGCCCGCGCCGUCGCGCCAACUGCGACCACUGCCACAAGGAGUUCUCUGGCAGUGCCCUGGAGGAGCACCAAGGCAACUGCGGUCACGAGCCGGUGUACUGCGAGAACAAGUGCGGCGCGAAGGUGCAGCGGCGCCACACGCAGCAGCACCUCCAGCAGCACUGCAGCAAGCGGCUCGUGCCCUGCAAGCAUUGCGGCCAGAGGUACACACAGGACACGGUGUCGGCGCACGGCGCGAUGUGCUCGCGCGCGCCGGUGCCGUGCCCGCAGCGCUGCGCGGCGCGCGCGGUGCCGCGGGACGAGCUCGACGCGCACCUGCGCGACCACUGCGCCGCCGCCGCCGCCGCCGCCGCGGCCGUGCCCUGCGCCUUUAGAGAUGCCGGCUGUCGGUUCAAGGGUACAAGACAAGCAGUAGAAAGACAUACUGAAGAGAACUGCCAACAACACCUCGCUUUAGUGUCCGCCCUCGCCACACGACAAGCGCGCCAGUUGGACACACUCCGCGCGGCUGUCGCGCGACUGUCGGUCAACUGCUCCGGCGCCCUCGUGUGGAGGAUUACCGACUGGGCCGCCAAGAUGGCAGAAGCGAAGUGCAAGGAUGGUGUGGAGUUGGUCUCACCCGCAUUUUACACCAGCCAGUACGGGUAUAAGUUACAGGCGUCAUUAUUCCUGAACGGAAACGGCGCUGGCGAAUCCACCCACAUGUCGGUCUACAUCAAGAUCCUGCCCGGCGAGUACGACGCCCUCCUUCGCUGGCCGUUCGCCCACACCGUCUCCUUCACUCUCUUCGACCAGAGUUCAAGCCCCGACCGCGCCUGCAACAUCGUCGAGAGCUUCGUCCCCGACCCCACGUGGAAGAACUUCCAAAGACCCUCCAAAGAACCUGACGCGCUCGGCUUCGGAUUCCCGAGGUUUGUGUCCCACGAAAUGCUGAAGAAGAGGAACUUCGUGAAGGAUGACGUCAUGUUCCUCAGGGUCAAGGUUGAUCCGAGCAAAAUCGUGGCGGUUUGAAGGACCAAAUUAGGUUAGGAUCGGUGACAGUGUUUAGUGUUAAUUGCAGUUCACAACUAACGUAGAUUAAUCAUGUUUACAUGAUGCCGAAUCUCGGAUUUAAGAAUCUUUCCGCCAUUUUUCAUUGCCAAAUUCGUCUGCAUGUAGGUUUAAGUUUGGUUUGCAAUUGAUAUAAAUAAUUUCAAAUUAUGUUGGUAGAUACUAUUUGAAUGAAAAUAUACGCAGGUUGAUGUUGACACCAGUUUAAACACCCUUUUUGUCAAAUAAGGUGCCAAUAGUACUCAGAUAUGCUCACUUCCUAAUUUCUAGGUUUAAAAGUAAGGUAGAUAAUUGUGCUUUGCACAGCACAAAUCUGUUAUUUAGUAUUACAUAAAUUAAAAAGUCAUAGUUUAUGUGUAAAUAUAAUUAAGAUUUAUUGUAAAUAUUAAUAUUUAGUUGUAGAUGCGCCUGCGCAUAGUUGUUAUCCUUUCACUAAAGAUCUCUUGAGUUUCAUUGCCGGUAAAACAACAUGACCAACAGAAUAAUGUUUCAAAUAUGUUUCUGUGCCAUAAAAGAUUUCUUCGUUCCAAUUACUUAAUACAUGAAAAAUUAUUACUUUUCGAUAUACAUCGGACCGAAAAUCCGUCGCCAAAUUGCAUCCAAUAAAUUAAGUGACGGAAAUUCGGAGAUGUGUCCUUUCACAGCCUUACUCAUGUUGCUCUUAGUGGUGAAUAUGUAAAAAUAUAGGUAUUGUACGUCUUUUUCACCCAUGGUUAGAAAGAAAGUGACAAAUAGUUAUUUGAGGUUUCCUGGUUGGUUUAGUUUAAAUAGUAAUUAAUGUUAAUGCAGUAUAAAUACACACAUUUUUAUAGUGUUUCUGCAAAAAUUGUGUGUGCGUCCACCGAACAUGUUCAAACGCGUUUUUUUCUGCCUCGUGUGAACAUUUCGAAGGCUUUUUUAAAAAUGCUUUGGACUUCAAAUUAUAUUUUUCAUCAUUUAAAAAUAAUUUUGCAAUACGAAAAUUUUGUGUUUUGUAAAUAUUUAUCGAAUAUUAAUUUCUUAUGGCCGAUAUCUUUUGAAAUUCGUUCAAAUCGAAUUACAGCAAACCAUUCAUACCGAUGAUGAUGUUUUGUAAACAUUUAACCAUAUAUUCCGCCUAUUAUUGACUAUUCAAAUGGUAUGCAUACUCAAAGAAAAGAAUUUCAAAUAAAUACGUAAAGCUGACGCCUAUAUUUUCAUGUGAAGUUAGUCACAAGCGGGUCACAAUGCAGACAAAAAUACAUGACCAAGUGUUGCUACUAACUUCAGAUCGUUCAGUACUUUCAAUUUGAGACGCACUUCAGUUGGUCAUAACGGCAGAUCUUUGUACAUAAACUUUUAUAUUGUAAAUAGUUCAAAACAAUGUAAAUAUUUGUGUGUGAGUGUUAAAGGCUGGAGUUAGACCAAAGUGCUUUGAUUCCUUCGCGGCGUGUGUACAGAGCCUUAUGCGAGGACAAUCAACUUACGUCACGGCUUAAGCUGUAUGUAAUUUAAUUUAAGAGAGUGAAAUCGAAACUUAUGAAGGUCGAUAUUAUUGUAAUUAAGUGUGCAAUUAGUUUGAUAAUGUUUUUCAAUAGAUUUUGCAGUUUAACCAUGUAUUAUCACUUUCAUCACCGAUGGCGGUUAUUUUAAAUUGUAUAAUAUACAAAAAAAAUCUAUGUGACAGAUUUGAAUGUUGGCAUACUGCAUGGUCUAUUGAAGAAUAUAGUACACUGCCUGUAUUUCUAGUGUUAAGUCAUAGGAUAGAUUAUAUUUAUGUUAUAUUGCUAUCAAGUGACGCAAAAUUAAUAUUUCAGAUCUCUGAAACGCUUUCCCUUUGUAUUAAAUCUCAGCUGCAAUGUUACAUUCCAUUUAAAAUAUUAUUGAUAAGUCUGGAAAUGGAAAGAAACAUAUAUUAUUGUAAAAAUAUAAUUUAUUGUGAAAUCAACAAUAUGAUUUACAAAUCAAAGAAUUUAUCAUUAUUUCAUUUAUGGCGCCAUUUCUAGCCUUAAAUCUUUAAUUGUUAAAAAAUAUAAUUGUAUUAUUUUGUAUUUUUCCCGAAAAUUUCUUUCCUUUGCAUUACUAAUUUAUAAAAAAUGGCGUCUUUCACAUUUUACUUUUUGACAAUUUAUAUCUUUAUUUAUGGUAAAAGGCCUAACGUUUUUAUAUCUAUCAAAAUUAGCUAGUAAGCUAGAAUUAUUAUGUGUAAUGACAUGAGACUAAUUAAUCGAAUAUACAAGUCUAUAUUAAGACUAGAUGUAAGCGUCUUGUGGUAGUUAAGGUCACUGUAAACGGAAGAUAAUUUUUGAGAAAAAAAUAUAUUACAUUUCUUAUAAAAUA